GAGAAAGAGCUGAAAAAGAGAAUGCAACAAAAACACCGAUGAUGAUGAGCAGAUGUUGUAAGGGUAAUCUCGCUUAAAACGCCGGUAAAAUGAAAUAAUAUCAAACAGAUAUUAUAAUUAACCGUGUAUUGGAUAUCAUACCUAUGCCUAAUAAGGCAGGAAUAAGUAAGCAUGAGACGCUCCAAAAUUAGACCUUCCAUUAAUCUUGCUGCAUCAAGGCGGUUAUCCCAAGCUACUGUGUUGAAAGCAGAUAAUAAAGUCCCGAAGCCACCAUCGAAGGAGACAACAGGACAUCCACCUGUUCCUGCAACAGAAACGCGCAGUGCCGAUGUACCAAAUGCUAAUGCACCUGAGGUUCCUAAGCCUAGGCCCGUGUCACCUGGUUCCGACUCACCUAAUCUCAGCUUAUCUAGCCUUGAGACCAUUAGACAUGAAGUUUCCCAAGUACAUAAAACAGCUGAAUCUUUGGAAGCUUCCCCCAGUGUAACUACUAUUACAGAAAAGCAACAGGUGCAAACACAAGACACUUCUAUUCCGGGAACAGAGUCAGCUGAAGAGGGAACAUCACAAUCGAAAGACAAUUCAAAUCCUCAACGCAGGAGGCGGAUCUCAGCCAAACCUAAUCUUGGUCAGCAUCGAAUGCGGUUACCAGUACCUCCACAGCCAAGCAGAGGAAAGUUACCUGAUGCAGUGAAGAAAAAUAUUAAUGCUGAUACUUCUGAUACCAGUGGUGCUUUAAUUCGCAAUAGUGAUUCAAAUAAACCAUCAGAGCCACCCCCAGUGAGGAGAGUGGUUGAGUCUAUUAGAAAUGCUGAAGUUACUUCUAAUGUGGCAGCAGUCAAUGUACCACAAUCAAACAACAAGGAGACAUCAUCUACCUCAACUCAACCUAAACUUCCCACUUCAAAGCCAACUGUGCACCCGAAGGCCGUCCAGUCACCUUCUCGUCCAGAGCGUUUGGUUGAAAAGAGGGCGGCACUUCCCCCAAGCAUUCAGGAUAAGCGCAUCCGAGACCUCAAGGCAUUGCAAGCUGAGACGCCAGCCAAACGGAGGAAGCGAUAUAUAAAGAAGACAAUCCCACCUGACCGCAGCAAGAUGACUAUGAGUGAUCUGAUCUACUACAACCCAAAAGCUAACCCAAUGAAAUCGUCAUUGGUAUCAAAAGAAAAAGUUAAACCGAAUCAGGAUAAUUCUACCAAUCUGAAAGAGAAGUCAAGUGCUUCAAACGAACCAGAGGAUGAAGUGGAUGGGGAGACUGGUACCAAUGACCAGCAGCUGGCUCCUCAAGUUAGGAUUGAUGCAGAUGGAAAAAUAGUGAUUGAUAAAGAAAGUUUAACAGUUGAAGCAUCUCCAUUAAGAACAUUUGUCACAGAAGACGCUGAAGUGGUCCAUGAAGAUUCUUCUAAUGUAACGUAUGCAAGUUUUCGGAAAAGGGUACACACAACAGCAUGGACCAAAAGGGAAACUGAAAGAUUCUUUAUGGCACUGAGCAUGGUGGGUACAGACUUUUCCAUGAUUAAUGCACUCUUCCCGAAGCGGACAAGGCACCAAAUAAAGAACAAAUUUAAGCGGGAGGAGCGUGUAAAUAGGGUACGCGUCGAUAAAGCAAUACGAGAAAAAACACCGUUGGUUAAGGCAAUGUUUGAAGACGCAGACUCAGAUGUUGAGAGUGGGACUGGUAGCAAGAAACAAACAGGAAAGAAGCAAAGAAUGAAGAAUAAAGUGGUGACAUCUGAGGAUGCAGAACUUGAGACAGAGGAAGCUGAGUUUAAUGAUAGCGUUCUUGACAAUGAUUCAGAUCAUGGCGAUGCUGACAGUGAUGUUGAGGUCACAAACAUUCUUGCACGACCCACACGCUCAGGUCGAGUGCCGAAAGUCAGGGUCAGCUAUGACAACAGUAUUGUUAAUGAUGAACAGCCAGUGGUGAAAGAUGCACAGUUGGUUACACAAGUUAGUUGUUCACCAAUUGUUAAUGGAACACUUGAUGGACAAAGAACACCAGGUAAAGGCACACCUGGUCAAAGCACGCCUACAACCCCUAUGCAAACUGUUUAUGUUGUUACACCUCUCCAAGGUGGUAAACAGUUCAUGAUUAGACAGCAUAGUAUACCACAGCCUUCGCCAGCUGCCAUUCAGGAACAUUUAGAAGUAGCAAACACUCCUCCAAGAUUCCCAUCUUAUAACUCUUCAACUGUUCAACAGUCUCCAGUGUUGCAUCUGCAAUCAUCAUCGCAGCAACUUUCUCAAACACCACCGAAUUCUUCAACAAAUAUGCAAAUUAGGAUGCUGUCUCCUCAAAAUUCAGUCAAUUCACCGACUGGACCACACACUGUUAUGACUCAACGUGUAGGAAACACACAAAUUAUUGUAGUUUCACCUGCUACGGGGCCAGGAAAUAUGACCCCAGGCCAACUUGAUAUUAGACAUUCCUCACCUUCAACAGGUGUCCAAAACUCAACAGUACCUAUUCAGAAAAAUAAUGCUGCAGCUUUUCAACACUCUACAAAUACACCAUCUGCCCAAUCUACUGACCUCAAUUGUCAAAAUUCUGAUAUUCAACCGAGGACUUUUAUUAGGAUUCAACCAGGUAAUGGCAACAUGUCUAAAAGUCCAAACACUACUGCCAUCCCUAUAAGUGGUCUGGCUCAGCAGAGCCCAAAGCCACGUCAAACUACCAAAAAGGAUUCUAGGACUAAAGCAAACCGAAUUACAGAAGUCCGUUUGGAUGAACCUUUCAUACCACCCUCAAUGAAAUCAAAAGCUAGGCCUAAAGCAGGUGCCAACAGCAUCAAUAUUCAACAAAAAGUUAUUGUGCAAAGUUUACCUCAGAGUCUUGGGUCUGGAUACAACGAUGGUCAUUUGCCAAAGCAUCCAGAAGUUCUUUUGCUGGAUGAUGUCACACUUGCAGCACAAACAGAGGUCGUGUCAGAUGUUGCUAUGGAAGUUGAAGCAGAGUGCACAAAUUCAUGAAGGUCACAAUAGGAAGCUUUCGAUUUGCGUUGACGACUAGAUGCUAAAACGGAUUCUCUAAUUUGUGACCAUCCUACUUUCUCGCAUGCGCAGAUGACUUUUUAGUGACGUCAUUACAUUCUACGUACCACUGCGAGAUGCAGUCAAAAGCUCCCUAAUGUUCCAAUAAGAGUUGUAACCCUUCAGGUCAAAAUUGAUAAAUUUAUCCAAUUCAAGUGCAUUCAAAUAUAUUUUCAGAAUUGACAUUAUAUUAGUUACGGUAUAAUUUUAGGUAAUAGGUUAAAGCCACCUAUUCAAAAAUUUGUUUGGCCAUUGAUAAUGCAUUUGAGUAUGUUCAAAUUAUGUACUUUAGUAUUUUAAAUGACUGAAAGAAAUAGGGUUCAUGCAUUAUUCCUAACCCCUACUUUGAUUAAUUUUCAUUUGAAGGGCUAGUUUAGCAUCUUUCAUUUAAGUGUGGGUGUAUGGUACUGCUAAAUGAAAAAUAACUGUGUUGAGUGUUGUCAACUAUAUGAUGUUUGUCACAAAAAACUUGACAGAUUUAUGUGCAAUUUAAUUUGAUUUAAAAAAAAAGAAAAAAUCUAAAUUAUAUUUAAUCCUACACAAGGAUAAAAAAUAUCUAUAAUUUUCAUAAAAAGAACUGUAUUUGAUUUAGUAGAGAAUAUCCUAUAAAUUUGAACUGAAGUGGUCCAGAUCAAAGUGAUAGUGGUCAUCAAAAUGGUAACUAAAAAUAAAAUACAGUGGCAGUAUUUGACUGGUAGACCCUCUUCUGAGCUGUCCACUGCCAAAAUCAUACUUAACAAAUGCAACUAGGUGUAUGUAUACCUUUGUCGCCCUAUGUUUAUUAAGGCUAUUUUGUGAAUAACUACCUAGAUAACAGAUGUAUGCCUUGUUACCUAAAUGACUUACCUACUAGUUAAUAAAUAUGUAAAUUCAACAUUUUUCUGUCCCAGCUUAUUUGUUUUCUUUUUGACUUGAUAACUUGACAAAAUAUAGAAAGUUUCAUUUGUUAAAAGAACUUAAUGCACCUAAUGUCUAACAUUAACAUUAAAGAGCUGGAAGAUGACCAGUCAAAUACAGCCAUUUAAUAACUAUUUCAACAUGUUUUGUCUUGCUUUGAUGAAAUUAUAGUUUUCUUUAUUCAAAAUGAUUUUUUUAAACUCAGAGAAUAUACCAAAUUAAAAACAUUUAAAUAAAAGUGAAAUUUUUUAUAGGUGCUGGAAGAUUACAGUAUACCUUCUGAAACUUUUAACUGCCAUCAGAAUUUUAAAACAAAAUAAAUUAAUUUUGAUAUUAAUUGUGAGUACUAAAUUUGUCUUAAAUUUAGAAAAUUAUUGAAGAAUACUGUGUUUUAAUAUACUUAUGUGACUGAACCAGAUAUUUGAUUUAUUAGUAUAUGUUUACUAGAUACAAUGGGGGUUUUACAUAAGAUAGCAUGAUACCAGUGGUGUAUCUUGGAGUC